AUGGUGCUUACACAGUUUAAUCAUAUCUUUGCAGUUUCAAUGAUAUUUGCAUUUUUGGAUGCAUGGAAUAUUGGUGCAAACGAUGUUGCAAAUUCGUUCGCAUCUUCUAUUUCAUCUAGAUCGUUAAAAUAUUGGCAAGCCAUGAUAAUUGCGGCCAUCUGUGAGUUCUUGGGGGCUGUUUUAGUAGGAAAUAAAGUUAGUGACACUAUUAGAAACAAAGUUGUCGAUGUUGCCAUUUUUGAACCAGAACCAGCCGUGCUUAUGUUAACAAUGGCAUGUGCCUUAGUUGGUUCAUCUAUUUGGUUGACUAUUGCUACCUCUAUUGGUAUGCCUGUUUCUACUACUCAUUCUAUUGUUGGUGCCACUAUUGGUUCAGCUAUCGCUGCAAGAGGUGCUAAUAAUAUUGUCUGGGGUUGGGAUGGUGUUGCACAAAUUUUUGCCUCUUGGGGUAUUGCACCAGUCAUUGCCGGUGCUUUUGCAUCUAUCAUUUUCCUUAUUUCCAAGUAUACCGUUUUAGAAAUUAAGAACCCAUCCACUUCCUUAAGAAAUGCUUUAUUCUUAGUUCCUAUUUUGGUCUUCAUCUGUUUUUCAAUCUUAACAAUGUUGAUUGUUUGGAAGGGUGCUCCAUCUUUGAACUUAGAUGAUUUAUCGGAUGGUGCUCUUGCUGGUUCUAUUGUGGGUGUUGGUGCAGUCGCAUGUUUGCUUUAUAUGUUUAUCUGCUUUCCUUACAUGAAAAGAAAGUUAGUUCAUAAUGAUUGGACUUUAAAAUGGUACCAUAUAUUUAUCGGUCCAGUUUACUGGAUUAAGUCUACUGAUGAUAUUCCUCCAAUGCCAGCAGAUCACAAUUUGACUAUUGAUUACUAUAAAGGUCGUCGUCAUGAUGAACAAGACCUUGAUACAUUACGUGAGGAAGACAAGUUCGAAGAUAUUGAAGUUAACGCAGAAAAAGUUUCAUCUUCUUCGAUUGAUCAAACGAUUAAUAAGGACAAUAGCGGAACCGAACGCGUUAAAUUCAACUUAGAACAACCUGAUACUACAUUAUCUACUAAAGAACUCUGGAAAGCUUUAUUUAAUGAAGGUCCAAAAAAGUGGCCAUUGUUAUUAUGGUUAAUUUUCACUCAUGGUAUUACUAAGGAUAUUAUUUCGGAUCAAGCCCAAUCUAAAGAUGCUUUAUCUGGUAACUUGAAGCAAUUACACACCAAAUCCAAAUAUUAUGAUAAUAAGAUUGAAUAUUUAUUUUCAUUAUUGCAAGCUGUUACUGCAGGAACAAUGUCAUUUGCCCAUGGGGCAAAUGAUAUUGCUAAUGCAACUGGUCCAUUAUCUUCAGUUUACUUGAUCUGGCAAACUAACACCACCGGUGAGAAAUCAGAAGUUCCAAUUUGGGUUUUAUGUUACGCUGCAGCAGCUUUAGUCAUUGGUCUUUGGACAUUCGGUUACAGAAUUAUGCGUAAUUUAGGUAAUAAGUUGAUUUUGCAAUCACCAUCCAGAGGUUUUGCAAUUGAAUUGGGUGCUGCCAUUACUACGGUUAUGGCCACACAAUUAGAACUUCCUGUUUCUACUACCCAGUGUGCUGUUGGUGCUACUGUCUUUGUCGGUUUAUGUAAUUUUGAUGUACGUGGUGUUAACUGGAGAAUGGUCAUUUGGAUUUAUGCUGGUUGGAUUUUUACUUUACCGAUUGCAGGUUUAAUUGCAGGCCUCCUCAAUGCCUUCAUAAUACACUCACCGCACUGGGGUGGUAACUACGAGUUAAAUUAA